UACGUCAUUGGCCUGCGACAUCCAGUAGAUUCUCUUGCUAUUUCUCCACGUGUGUGUCUUUCCCCACGUUAUUUUAAACUUCUAAUUGAAUUCAUUCAUUGCAACAUAAAUAAUGCGGCCAUUAACAGACGAAGAGACGAAAACAAUGUUUGAAAAGCUCUCCAAGUACAUCGGAGAGAACAUUAAGCUUCUUGUGGACAGACCUGAUGGGACGUACUGCUUCAGACUGCACCAUGAUCGUGUUUACUACAUCAGUGAAAAGAUACUGAAGUUAGCCACGAAUAUCUCUCGGGACAAGCUGGUGUCUGUUGGCACGUGUUUUGGAAAGUUCACCAAGACUCAGAAGUUUCGGCUGCACAUCACAGCUCUGGAUUUUCUUGCACCGUACGCAAAGUAUAAGGUGUGGGUGAAGCCUGGAGCUGAGCAGUCUUUCCUAUACGGCAACCACAUCAUGAAGUCCGGCCUGGGCAGGAUUACAGAAAACACAUCCCAGUACCAGGGAGUGGUGGUUUACUCCAUGGCAGAUGUCCCACUGGGUUUUGGAGUUGCAGCGAAAACCACUCAGGAAUGCCGUAAAGUGGAUCCCAUGGCCAUCGUGGUGUUUCACCAGGCUGAUGUAGGAGAGUACAUCAGAAACGAGGACACACUCACUUAACACCCAUCUCAGAGUGGACUCUGUGGACUGGAGCUUUUUUUUUUUUUUAACUGGGCAAAGACCAGAAUGUGACAUGUCCGUCAUGACUGUAUCAAUAUUUUGUUUUUUGUUUAAGUGGACGUUGUGUUUUUCUAGUCAUUUGGCAGUGGUGAGCUUGGGGACAGGUCAUCGCUGGAGGGGGGAAAAAAUAAUGCAAUGUUAAGAGACACAAAAUAAUCUGAUCAGACAUAACAUUAAAACCACCUGCCUAAUAUUGUGUAUGUGUCACUGAAUCUGAUUCCAAUCUGACUCUGAAGGUGUGUUGUGGUUUCUAGCACCAAGAAGAUCCUGAUUCACGAGGAUGGGUCUCUAUAGAAAGCUUGAUCCAAUCGAGAUCUGGGAAAUUCCGAGGCUGACUCAGAGCUGAAAGCGUCUCGAGUUCAUUAUCAUCUUCAAAUCAUUCCUGAACAGUUUUUGUAGGAUGAUGUUAUUUACAGACAGAUGUCUAGCUGUUACACUUUGGCCCUCAGAUCUUUGCACUUCCUGCUUCCAACACAUCAACUUUGAGAACUGUUUUUGAGAGUGUUCACUUUGAUGAGAAAAUUGACCUCACCCCAUUGACAGUGCAACAAGGGAAUAGAAGUUACUCACGUCACCGGUCAGUGGUUUUAAUGUUAUGGCUGGUCUGUGUUCAGGCUCAGGAUUCAGGAUCAAAUGAGGGUUUUUCUGUUUAACCUCUUUAAAUGUUUUGGACAUUUCCUAAGAGAGAUCUACACCGGUCAGGCAUAACAUUAUGAGCAGUGAGAGGUGAAGUGAAUAAGACUGAUGAUCUCCUCAUCAUGGUACCUGUUAGUGGGUGGGAUAUAUUAGGCAGCAAGUGAACAUUUUGUCCACAAAGUUUGUGUGUUAGAAGCAGGGAAAAUGGGUAAGGGAACACAUGGCACCAGGAUGCACUAUGGGAAGAAGGCGAGCUGGCAGAGGCAGUGUCAAUAUUGGGCAAUGUUCUGUUGGGAAACCUUGGGUUCUGCCGUCCAUGUGGAUGUUACUUUGACACGUCCCACCUACCUAAGCAUUGUUGCACAUUAUGUACCCUGUUUCAUGGAAAUGGUAUUCCCUGAUGGCUGUGGCCUCUUUCAGCAGGAUAAUGCACUGAGCCACAAAGCAAAAAUGCUUCAGGAAUGGUUUGAUGAGAACAACCACCAGUUUGAGGUGCUGACUCUGCCUCCAAAUUCCCCAGAUCUCAAUCCAGUCCAGCAUCUGUGGGAUGUGCUGGACAAACAAGUCCGUUCCAUGGAGGCCUCACCUCACAACUUACAGGAUUUAAAGGAUCUGCUGCUAACAUCUUGGUGCCAGAUACCAAAGCACACCUUCAGGGAUCUAGUGGAUCCCAUGCCUCGACAGGUCAGGGCCGUUUUGGUAGCUAAAGGGGGACCAACACAAUAUUAGGCAGGUGGUCAUAAUGUUAUGCCUGAGAUUUUAUAUAUAUAUAUGAAUGAGAUUGAUAGAUAGAAGAAAUGUCACAAUUUAAAGGAUUUUCCACAAACCACAACCGAUCUUUAUUUCCUGUUUAACAGCUUUUUAAGCCAGAACACAUUUGAUGUUUUAAUGUAAAAUGAUUGUAAAAAUAAGUUGGUGUUUGGGUGACUAUGUUUCAGUGUUACACACUCAUGUUCUGUAUCUUUGAUGGUUAUUUUUAUAAUUGAUCACAUUUAUAGGUCAUGUGACCUGGACAUUUUCUGUGAUUGGAUGAAUCUCAAAAAUCAGUUGCAACUUAAACAUACACUAUUUCCAAAAGUUUUGGGACACCCCUCCAAAUCAUUGAGUUCAGGGGUUGGGCUCGGCCCCUUAGUUCCAGUGAGAGGAACUCUUAAUGCUUCAGCUUCAUACCAAGACAUUUUGGACAAUUUCAUGCUCUUUGUGGGAACAGUUUGGGGAUGACCCCUUCCUGUUCCAACAUGACUGUACACCAGUGACCAAAGCAAGGUCCAUAAAGACAUGGAUGAGUGAGUUUGAUGUGGAGGAACUUGACUGGCCUGCACAGAGUCCUGACCUCAACAUGAUAGAACACCUUUGGGAUGAAUUAGAGCGGAGACUGAGAGCCAGACCUUCUUGUCCAACAUCCGUGCUUGACCUCACCAUUGACUGUGCUUCUAGAGGAACGGUCAAAAAUUCCCAUAAACACACUCCUAAACCUUGUGGAAAUUCUUCCCAGAAGAGUUGAAGCUGUUAUAGCUGUAAAGGGCGGGACAACUCCAUAUUACAUUCAUGUGAAGGCAGACGUUCCAAAACUUUUGGCAACAUAAAGUGUGUUACAUUGCUUAGAAAGCAUGAGUAAAAUAAAAUCAGUGUACCUGAAGACACUGGA